AUGUCCCAAGUAGAUAUCACCCCAGAUGUUUUGGAGUACAAACCUCCUCUGACGGAGCAAUCCACCGAGUACGUCACCAUAUCCAAUGGAUCUGACGAAGCCAUUGCAUUUAAAGUGAAGACGACAGCGCCGAAGUUCUACUGUGUGAGACCCAACGCGGCGGUCGUGGCUGCAGGUGAAACGGUACAGGUGCAAGUGAUCUUUUUGGGCCUGCCCGAGUCCCCCGCAAAGGACGCCAAGUGUCGUGACAAGUUCUUGGUGAUUACGCUUCCCGCGCCGUACGAUUUGGGCGAGAAGGCUGUCGCUGAGGCAUGGUCUGAUCUGGAGACUGAGUUCGGGAAGCAGGCCGUGUCGAAGAAGAUUAAAGUGAAGUACGGCCAUGUUGCUGCCCUCGUUGAAGGUAUAACGGGCAAGAGUGAAACUGCUGAGGACAAUAAGAAGGAGCAGAACUCACGAGACAGCCAAGUGGCUAACGCAGAAGAGGACGAGGAAGAGGAGGAGCCAAAGACUGCUGUUGAGGAGAGACAACCCCUCGCGAGAGAACAGAAGAGUCCAAAGGUCGUCAAAGAGGAGAAGACAUCGGCCUCUACAGGAAAUGUGCCUGAAGACAAUAAAGAAUCCAAGACCGUGGCCAACGCCGGAUCGAAUAUUGUGCCAAUAGCACUUGUUGUGAUAUUGGCCUUAGUUAUUCGUUGGUACUUCUUUUAA